AUGGCGGGGAAGAUGACGCUGUACAAGUUGGUGGUGCUGGGCGACGGCGGCGUGGGAAAGACCGCCCUAACCAUACAGUUAUGCUUGAACCACUUUGUUGAGACGUAUGACCCCACCAUCGAAGACUCGUACCGCAAGCAGGUCCAGAUUGACGGCCAGUCAUGCAUGCUCGAGGUACUCGACACAGCCGGCCAAGAAGAGUACAUUGCCCUGCGAGACCAAUGGAUACGUGACGGCGAGGGCUUUGUUCUCGUCUACAGCAUCUCAUCACGCUCAUCCUUCGCCCGCAUACAACGCUUCCACAGCCAAAUACAGCGCGUCAAGGAAUCCUCAAUGGCCGGCUCACCUACCUACCCCGGCUCACCCAUCAGCGCCUCAGCACCCGUCUUUGGCCAAGCCCCCGUCAUGCUCGUGGGCAACAAAUGCGACCGCGUCACCGAACGCGAAGUCUCAACCCAGGAAGGACAAGCCCUCGCAAAAGAACUUGGCUGCGACUUUGUCGAGGCCUCGGCCAAGAACUGCGUCAACGUCGAAAAGGCCUUUUUCGAUGUCGUCAGACAGCUCCGCCGACAACGACACCAGGGCAGCGGCCGCUCCCCAUCAGACAGAAAAGACGCUCGCGUCCGCACCGGCUACAACGAAAAGGACCGAACACGCGGUACCAGUGAUCGCCGCACACGAGGUACAGGCAUGAACAGCACCGGCAAGAGGGGCAAGGACAAGCCAAAGUGUGUGAUUCUAUGAGCGACCAGCUCGACAUGCUCCCUGUCCUGGCAUGGAGCAUGCCUUCCGAUAUACAUAUUUGGAUUUACUGCACAAUAUCGGCCUUCGACACCUGCCACGUCGAUGGCCUUCGUCACUGAUAGAAAGCACUCAACAAGGCGUCGGCAUAUGAGCGGCGUUUGCAUCAACGGUCUCGCUUUGGUUUUGCAUGAGGCCCAUGGAGUAACUGGAGUACUACGAACAUUAGCCUAUUCUUAUUUUCUUUACGACUGAGAUCUGUGCGGCACUUGAGAUCUUGCACGACACUGUACGGCUGAAUUGAUUAGUGGGUAGGGCUGGCGGGUUGCAAGCACGCACAUCUUGACAAUUGAAAAGACGGUGCUGGUGGUAGCAUGUGGUUAUUUGUUAGCGAUGGCAUUUGGUUACCUCAAAACCUGGAAAAGGACGGAAAAGUCAUGGGUUCAGUUUGGGUACUUUCUUCUAACGCCCGAGAUACCUUUUCGAAUUCAACGUCUAUCUUUUUGA